AUUUGCUCACAUUUUAGGGUCACUGUUUGUAGAAAAUGGAUUAUUCUGAAGAAUACAUUAGAAUGGAGAUGGAAUGUGAACCAAAGAAAUCAUUUCGGAGAGGUCGCUCAUGGAGCCGACAAACUGGCAUCCUUGUGCUUCUAGGAACAGUUUGCAUGAUUAUUUUCCUCAUAAUGACUUCUGUCAUCUUUUCGCAUCAAGAAAGAAAGUUCUCGAUGCUGGAGAGUUGGAUGAGCGGCCAUUCUUCUAAUAUAAGCUCAGUCAAAUCUGAUUUUCAGAUCACAGGUAGUGACUUGGAAAAGAAGGUUUCUGAGCUGCAGAACUUAGUGUCCAGUCUGAGUUCAUCUUUGAACAUGUCUGGAGCGAGUAACACAAUGACCAACGAAAUGCAUGCAAAGAAGUUGUCUAAUAUCGAGAGCUUGAUCACUGAUCUCGGCUCGUCACAGAGAUCUCUCGCAUCUAAAGAGGAUCUACUACAAACACUGAUGAGCCAUUGGAUUUCAUCUCAACGGUUUCGUCCACGCAUCUCGAGUUUUGGCACGUCGAGUUCAGACCUGGAGGAACUGAAAUCAUCUAUUCGAACUCUUUCUUAUAAACUAUCAUUUACCUACUUAUUUCCUCCAGGCUGUUUUGAAAUUGAGUGGAUACCAUUCAACAACAGCUGUUACCUGUUCUCUAGAGACACAAUGAACUGGACCCAAGCAAAAGAUUACUGCGAAGAGCAGGGCGCUUUACUCUUAAAAACAGAAGACGGCUCUGAGAAGGAGUGGAAAUUUCUUACCAACUUUGCCAAACCACAAGACUACUGGGUCGGUCUAACAGACCAGAACACCGGAAUAUGGAGAUGGGCGGAUGACACUCCUUACGUCAUGAAUAAAGCACAAUGGAGAAUUGGGCAGCCAGAUGAGUGGACUGAACACAACUUGGGAGACAAAGGAGAGGAAGGAGAGGACUGUGUGCAGUUUGGAUUUGAUGGGUUCUUUAAUGAUAUCCACUGCUCAUCCAAAUUGCAGUUUAUAUGUAAAAAGGGAAAUUUGGACUAAAAAUAGCUGUUUUGAGUGUAUUGAGUUUUUGUGUGUGAAGUGAGCAUUAUUCUCAAUUUGUUUGUCUUUGUUUGUGUAAAUUACAAAUCACAUUAAUGAUGUGUUUAUCAAUGUUGUGGUGCAUGUAGUUACUAAUAUGACUAAAUUAAUAUCUCAUACCAAAUUAACCCUGUUCACUUUAAUGUUCAACAGUUAACAAAUUCACAUUGAUAAACUGUAUAUAAAAUACUUAUAAUAAUCAUAAAUAAAAUAAAGUGUCUUCCUGUCAUGCAGUAGAAAGGAUCUGAAUGAUGUCCUGAAUUUUGUGAUUAAAUAAAUAAUUAUUGUAAUAGAGUGCCGAAGUUACGACGCCAUAGGCCAAAACGCGGAAGUGAGUUA